UGUUCAUCUUAACACAAACUUCAAAAACAGUAAACUAAACAAUUCUGCACGUCUACCCGUAAUGGUUUUGAAAUUUUGUUCUACUUUUUAAGACAAAAUUUCUUAUUAUUAGAGAAUUAGCCUAAAAUGUUGAAAAUGACAACUCCUUCGGUAAUUAAAACCGAACCGGGAGUUGCACAGAGUGUCCACCAAAUGUGUCGACUUUGCUUGAGUGAAGAGUGCCUUGACGAUAUCUUUAAGGAAGAGGGCCUUCAACGAUGGAUAGUCGAAUUUCUCUCAAUAAAAGUAUCAUCUUUGGAUCAUAUGAGCCGAAACAUCUGCACUAUUUGUCGAAUACGGUUGAUCGAAUUCCAUCAAUUCAAAAUACGAUGCCAAGAAGUCCAGACUUUGCUACAAACCAUGAACCAGAAUGAUCAUAAUGGGGAUGAGAUUAUGCCAAGAUUUUUAUCAACUAGGGAACCACCUAAAGAGCAUGGAUGUAAGGAUUGUGGAAAAUCAUAUGCAGUGCGUCAACAUUUGGACAAUCACAUGAAGAUCCACGCAAAAUUAAACCACGAGAAUGAAAAAACUACAAAGUUAGACGAAAAUAAUUUGGACUUGUUGGUUAAACUGAGGGAAGUGAAAACUGAAACAUCCGACGAUGUCGAACUAUCGAACGAAUCGCAGGAACAAAUGAAUAAAUUAAAUUCAGAAGCCAUUCUCCAACAUCCACACGAACUAAGAGAAACUCGAUCCAAUACAGAGUUGAUCUCGGUUGUUUUACCGCGGAUCACACAAGAUGAAACAGGCAAAGAUCAAUCCGUUGGAAUAGAGGAUAUGAUUGACAUAGACGAAGUUAAAAUUGAAGUUCGCACAGAUAAUGAUGCAGAAUUCAAAUUAUUAGACAUACCGACACAAAGUUUGGUCCAGAACCAGUUUAUCAGUGGAAUCACGUCACUCUCAAUGCAGUGCAAAACAUGCCUAAAAUUUUUCAGGACCAAAGAGCAGCACAACAAUACACAUGAACCAAAUUCUCCAGAGUGUCACAUGUGUAAAGUCGCAUUUACUAAUCCAAAAGUCUUAAACCGUCAAGAGAUCAUCACGAAAAGAUACAAAUUGCAACAGGAUCCACUUACUAAAAACAUAUCCACUAAAGAAAAAUAUGGAAACCUAGAAAAUCACAAAGAGCAUUCCACAAAUGAUAUUGUUGAGUACUCUUGUUCAGAGUGCAAUGAAAUUUUCAAUCGGCAUAGUUCGUUGUUGAAUCAUAUGAAAACUCAUAAAUCAAAACUUUCGGAAGAGGAAGCAAUUGAUUUGGAGGAUGAAGAAGACUCGAAUGAUAUAGAUUUUAACGCGAGUACUACCACUAGCGAUCAGUCAUCUAAAGAGAAAGCGAAAACUGGUGGCGAUGAGCAAUGGAAGUGUGCUGUAUGUGCUAAAAUAUUUGAAAACAAAAAGAACUUAAAUCACCACCAGCGAUACCAUGCCUCGAAGAAACAUCUCUGCUCUAUAUGUGAGAAACCGUUCAUAAACAGGUUCAUCAUGAAACGGCACGAGCAAACGCAUGAUGCUAUGCGUUUGCGCAAACCAGCGAAACCCACGCAGAGGGGAGAAGACGUUGAACGACCAUUCAAAUGCGAUGUAUGCAACAAGGGGUUCAAACAAAAAGACACAAUAUACGGGCACAAACAGAAAGUGCACGGACCCAAAAUCCAUGAUUGCCAUAUUUGCGAUACCAAGUUUAGCACGCGUGAACAUUUAUUAAGGCAUAUACGAAGACAUUAUCGUGGCGAUGCGGAGGAUUUUCAAUUAACAGGAAGUGGAUUGAACAAUGGUACAGACGAGGCGAACACGAGCAAUAAACCGGAAUCAGCCGAAACUUCUUCACAAACGGAACCAAAAUCAUUUAAAUGUAUGAAAUGUGAUAAAGUUUUCCAUAGCCAGAAUCGCCUAUGGGUCCAUUACAAACGUGGACAUCGGAAGAGGUAUACUUGUUCGUCGUGUGACGUAGUUCUGGAAACUAAAAAGCAAUUGACCGCGCAUAUGGCAACGGAACACAGACCAGAAAACAAUAGUAAUCCUUCGUCGGAGUCAUUCAGUUGCACGCUGUGCAGCAAAUGGUAUCCAACUAAAAAACAACAAGUUCUCCACAUGAAGGCACACGCAACGCAGAGAUACAAUUGUAAAGUCUGCGGCAAAAUAUAUUCAGUGCGAGCCUGUCUUUCGAACCAUAUGAAAACUCACGGCGAGAAUCUCAAAUCGAACAAACGAAAGCGAUCACCCCAAGCAUCGGACUUCAAUUCAGAUGAGGAGUCCGAAGAUACCAGCACGGAGGACACCAGUGAAGAUGAACAAAGUGACAAAUCUACCGAACAAGUUACACCAAGUAGGAAACAACCUCGACGAGACACUCAUGAUCAAACAAGGAGUAAAAUACGGGCAGUUUAUGAAAACCAACGCGCGAUCGAUUAACAUCAGUUAGAUAUGGAGUUGCGCUUCGAGGAAGAGACAUGUCAACUUUUCUGCCGGUACUUUCAUAUCGGGCCCAUAUUGGUUUUUGUAUAUGUACUGAGAUAAUUUUCCAUAGAAAACUUGAAAAAUCUAAUAAAUUCAAAUAUUUUGCGAUCUAUA